UCAUUCAUCAAUCCCCAUCAAUGGCUACCUCCCUAACAAUGUCCCUCAAACCCAUCGCCCUCCUACUCGUGACCCUCACGAUCAUUUUCAAUGUCGAAGCAGCACGCUUCGACAUAACGAACAGGUGCCCGUACACUGUCUGGGCAGCCUCCGUCCCCGUGGGAGGAGGCCGCCAGCUCAACUCGGGCCAGACAUGGACCAUCGACGCCCCACCUGGCACCGCCGCGGCUCGAAUAUGGGCCCGCACCAACUGCCAGUUCGAUGGUGCGGGCAGAGGCAGGUGCCAGACGGGCGACUGUGGUGGGGUCCUCAACUGCAAGGGCUACGGCGCGGCCCCCAACACGCUGGCGGAGUACGCGCUGAAACAGUACAUGAACCUUGACUUCAUCGACAUCUCCACGAUCGAAGGGUACAACGUGCCGAUGGAGUUCAGCUCGGCGUCUGCGAACUGCCGGCGCGUGAUAAGGUGCGCGCCGGGGAAUAUCUUGAGCCAGUGCCCUAACGAGCUGAAGGUGCCCGGCGGUUGCAACGGCGCGUGCCCACAGCUGAAGAGGGAGGAGUUUUGUUGCAAUAAUUCUGGUGCGAAUUGUAAGCCGACGCCUCUUUCGAGGUUUUUCAAGGACAGGUGCCCCGAUGCUUAUAGUUACCCGAAAGAUGACCCGACCAGCACUUUUACUUGUCCGUCUGGGACUAAUUAUAAGGUCAUCUUCUGCCCUUGAAUUGAAAUAUGGAAGAAUAGGAAGGACUGAAAAAGUAAUAUGUCAUAGUCGUGGUACCAGGAAUAAUACGAGGUAUGGUAAUGUGUUAAUUGUUGUUAAGCUGGCUCUAUACAAUACAUGUUUCCAAUAGGAAACGGCUAUAUAUAUGUAAUACCCAUAAUUAAGAAAUAAUAACAGCCUUUCUUCUUAGGUACGUGUUGUAUGAUGAUGAUUUUUUUAUAAGGGUGAUAUAUGUUUGGUUUUUAGUCGGGUAUUAUUUAAUACAUUCGAACCUGCAAC